AUGGAUAAUCGCGAGUCACCGCAUUUUUCAAGUGAUUCAGCAUUCGAGGAAUUGGAAAACAUCGACAUUUUCGGGACCGACUCCGACGAUGCUCAAUUCUAUUAUAGCGAUUCCGAGCCUGAGACCUUAUCGAGCACCACCUUCCCGGUACAGUACAUGCUCCCGCGGCGGAACCACUCAAUGGUCCACUCGCCAAAUCGCACUUUAAUGGGUCGCAUGGCCAAUUUCAACAAAUCCGUUAGGAUGAAACAUGGCACAACCGCACUUGAUAUAAUAGUCCCAUUGAAUCGCGAUACAACUACACCGUUGAAUAGUGGAACGCCCCGGCGCAACCUGACUAUGCCGUUGAAUAGCGGAACGGUCCCGCAUGACACGACUAUGCAGUUUAGAACUUCAGCACAAAACCUGUUACCAGCUUCGUCAUCGCAUGUGCCCGGACAGUGGAUGUCUCCGUCUCCGUCUUCGUCAUCAUCACUCAAUAUGACUGCGUCCUAUAGGCCUCAGGUAUCAGCACUGCCCCUGAGUCUUAGGUCUUCUGGUCCACCAUAUAGAUCUCCACCAACGUAUAAAACAACAUCCCACACUUCCCAAACUUCCACAUUAGCUAAAAGCUCUCAGAGUUCCGCAGCAUACUAUUCCACAGUACCUAACAGGACACCGCCUUUCAUGCCGAUCUACACGCCCCAAACGACUUCGCUGUCCUACGAUUCAAGGUCUUCCUCAAUGUCCUACACUACUCAGUCUUCCACGAUGCCUAACAUAUCUCAAACUCCCAAAUAUUAUAUAAGAAAUCAAUAUCGCAUACCGCCCUACACAUCGCCACAUUCCUGUCCACCCUACUCCACACAGUCUUCCAUGCCGAUAAACACGUCCCCGUCUUUUGUAACGUCCGAUACGUCUAAAACGUCUACAUAUUAUAUAAGAAAUCAAUAUCGCAUACCGCCCUACACAUCGCCACAUUCCUGUCCACCCUACCCCACACAGUCUUCCAUGCCGAUCUAUACGUCUCUGUCUUCCGUGACGUCCAACACGUCUCAAACUUCUACAUGUUAUACAAGAUCUCAUUCUUCUAUGCCAUCCUGUGGUAUACCAUUUUCCACGCCUCCUUUCAGCUCCGAACCUUCAGUCCCAAUCUGCACGCCCCGGUCAUCAACGUCAAUUUACAAUUUGACGCCUUCUUCGCAUCGCAUCAACCCGCGGUCGGCUCAUUACAGCGCUUCCCCAACUUACUCGCAUUACACGUUCCCGCGGUCCGCACAUUACACUAUGCCCGUUUUGCAAACAUACUGCACGGAAAUGCCGCAAUCGUCCACUCAAAACUCGCACCCGUCUGGCAAUGUUUGGCCCACUCAAAUUGGUUCCGUAAUGCAGGCUUCGAUGCAAAAUAUCAGGUCGGUGUUAUCAGACCAAUCGCGGCCGUCCACCACCACACGUACUGAUGAGAACGCUUCGAGGCCGUCCACCGAGCCACCGUCCACCGAGCCACCGUCCACACGAGCAAACAACAAACCGCAGAAGUUUAUCGAUCCAAAGGCGAUCAUUUACACCCUGUUAGCAUACAGCUCUAGUGCAAGAGAACUGUUUGAAGAAAAAAUGAUGAAGUUAUACAAUGAUGACGUUGAAAAACAACAUAAAAAUUUCAUUAUUAAGGAAGACGAGUUGAAAAAGGCGUGGGAAUAUUUUAGCAAGAUGGAAGUCGUUGACAUCAAGCCAAAUGGUGAAAUCAAAUGCAUUUGCCCAACAAUGAAAUACGAGGAUUUGCUCAGGUCAUCGAUCAACGACAAGUUUAUGCUUGUGAACCUAUAUCACCUGUAUAAGGAUAAUAAUUUACUUUUUGAAACGAAAUAUGAUUAUAACAGCUCGCCGCAGACAACAAUCGUUACUGAGAAUAUUGGAAACGACGUCCUUCAGUGGCUGAAGUCAAAUAAAAUGGAAAAUUAUAUUUGGUUUUUCAACUCUCUCAAUUUAUUUGAAAUAGAAAAUAUAAAUCCGACAAACAUCCAAAAAUUUAUCAUGAGAUCGAAAAGUACUAAAGUUAUUUCAUUAGAAGAUCAACUGAAAAUCUGUUGCAUGGUCAAAAAAAUUAAAGAACGGCCAGUAUCGUUGUUGGCUAUUUUAAUGAAUCUCCGAGAGGAUAGAAUUGACAAAGAACCAUUUCAGAGCACUGUAUUUCCCUACAUUUUUGACAUUUUACAAUUCCCUAUAUCCGUUAAAAAUUUCGUAGUCGAAGAUGUGUCCAUGAGAGAAUCCGUUACCUCCAUACUGAGAAUAUUGAUAGUCGAUAUAAUGAAGUUUCUUAACGAAGAUUUGGUGCCUGAUAUAAAUAACGUCAUGGGAUAUUUGCCAGAUAUCGGAAUGGUAAAUUUUAAAGUUAUUUGCAUGAAUCAAAUAGUUAUGAAAUUAUUUGACACUGAAGGAAACAUUGGAACAUGA